UUGAGUUGAGAUUGGCUUUUAUUCAGCCUGCUGGUCGUUGCACGGAGUUUGUUGCAGUUGCUCUGUCAGCGUGACUGGGUCUCAGCUGACUAAUCAUGUGAUUUCUGGUUCCUGUAAUGACGGGGAAGAGUUAGUUUCCUUUAUAAAGCCGCCGAAUUCCCGGCCGGAUCGGCAUUAUUUCAGCGCUUCGAUGGCGUGGUCCAAGUAUCAGUUGUGCCUGGCAGCGACGAUGCUCGUCACUGGCUCCAUUAACACACUGUCUGCCAAGUGGGCAGAUGACUUCAGUGCUGCGGGUUGCCAUGGAUCAGCGGUUCACAAGUUCAAUCAUCCUUUCCUUCAGGCAGUGGGAAUGUUCCUUGGGGAAGUCUGCUGCCUGGCUGCUUUCCACAUAGUUUUGUGCUAUGAUCGACAAAAACCAGAACCACAAAUGGCUUCUGCCAGGAACUUCAACUCUUUCAUUUUCCUUCCCCCUGCUCUGUGUGACAUGCUGGCCACAAGCAUUAUGUACAUUGCUUUGAGCUUGACCAGUGCCUCCAGCUUCCAGAUGCUUCGAGGAGCUGUGAUUAUCUUCACUGGACUGCUCUCUGUUGCCUUCUUGGGCCGCAAGUUAACAGCCAGCCAGUGGGUAGGAAUUUUCUUCACCAUCUGUGGACUUGUCGUUGUUGGUUUGGCGGACUUUGUCAGUGGAAAGAGUGACCAAGGACAGCACCUAUCUCGGGUGAUAACAGGAGACCUCCUUAUUGUCAUGGCACAAAUAAUUGUUGCUAUUCAGAUGGUGCUGGAGGAAAAAUUUGUUUCUAAACAUGAUGUCCACCCACUUCGAGCUGUGGGCACAGAAGGUAUUUUUGGAUUCAUCAUCCUAACUUUGCUGUUGAUUCCAAUGUACUACAUCCCAGUGGGGGAAUUUGGUGGCAACCCAAGGGGUGUUCUUGAAGAUGCACUUGAUGCUUUCUGCCAAAUUGCAAAGAAGCCACUAAUUGUUAUGGCCCUCUUGGGAAAUAUUUUGAGCAUUUCAUUCUUCAAUUUUGCUGGCAUUAGCGUGACAAAAGAAAUCAGUGCAACCACGCGAAUGGUUCUGGACAGUCUAAGAACUGUAAUAAUCUGGAUAGUGAGCCUUGCAGUGGGUUGGGAACAAUUCCAUUGGCUCCAAAUCCUGGGCUUCGCAAUCCUACUGACAGGUGCAUUCCUCUACAAUGGGUUCCAUAAACCAAUCCUCGAAAGGCUUCCUUGGUACCACAGCCCUGGGGUGGAAAAUCCUGAAAGGGACGAAUUAUUGAUUGACAAAGACUCCAUAAACUCCAGUCCAUGAAAAUUAAAUGGAUUAAAGUUUAGGAUAAUGCCUUUCUUGCAUACAAUGACCAACGGAGGUUUUGUCUUUAACAAUUGGUGGUUUUAGAAUUACAUUAGAGGGGUGGAAUAAAACAGACACUCGAAUGGCUGAUUAUGGAGUAUAGUUUUCUGGAUCACAAUAUUUAUAUGUGUUUUGGGGAAAGAUGCAUUAAGAGACCUGGAUUGUUUUAGAACUCCAAGCAAGGCAGCUGAAGUAACAUCUGUUUGAAACAUCUGGCUUGGUUGGCUGAAUGUUCCAGCUAUGUUUUAUCUUCCGCAACUUGAGGUAAUAGUCAGUAAACCUAAGUGCUCCCCUUCAAGGUGCACCCGAUGAAACCCUUGAUCUGUCCAUUGCAGGCCAUUAUUGGACCCCACCACGAGAGCAAAUGAAUUUGGCAGUUUGACCCUUCUUUACCCAGCUUUGCAGUACCUGAAUCUACUGGGUGUGCAGAUCUUGGAAGGGGCCAUUGGAAGCUCAAGCACUUUAAUGAAAACCUGAUGCUAUGACUAUCUGUAACCUUCAUUAUCUGUCUACUAUGUAUAACUGUUUUCCACUAACAUUUAUCUCAUGUUUAUGGACAAAGUAUUGCCAGAAUUGCUGUUGUAUUGAUUUUUUUAAAUGGUUACCAGUGCUAACUGAUAUUUGCAAUUUAAAUUGACUUUACAUUUUCAUUGAAUUGUUUUAUUUAUCAAUGGGAAUAAUUUAAAUGGACUUGCCUAUAAUUGUAAAGAGAUUGGCGCUUUCAUGUGAAAUAUUUUUGCAGCAGAAUGUUAAAAGUGACCUUUUUAAGUCUAUAAAAAAAUACAACACUUCACUGCAGCAGGUUGCUAUUUCUACAUUAUUGGGGCUAUAAUUAAGAUUGCACUCUCUGCUGCUUGAUUUUUGACCAUUGAAAUGUGGUCAAUUACUACCUUUCUUGCAUAUUAUCUCCAGAUCCACUUUAACUGAGCAAAGUGGAUUUGCCCACUAUCUGCCUGUACCUGUGCAUCCAAUACAAUAGAGGAAUAGAUAGGGUAGAUGCAGUCUCUUGCCCAGAGUAGGUGAAUUGAGGACCAUAAUGUUUGGGACAAAGACCCAUAAUUUCUUUAUUUCCCCCUAUACUCCACAAUUUGAAAUUUGUAAUAUAAAAAAAUCACAUGUGGUUAAAAUGCACAUUGUUAGAUUUUAUUAAAGGGUAUUAUACAUUUUGGUUUCACCAUGUAGAAAUUGCAGCAGUGUUUAUACACAGUUCCCUCAUUUCAGGGCACCAUAAUGUUUGAGACACAGCAAAAAUGAAAGUAGUCAUGUUUAGUAUUUUGUUGCAUAUCCUUUGCAUGCAAUGACUGCUUGCAGUUCUGCGAUUCAUGGACAUCACCAGUUGCUGGGUGUCUUCUAUGGUGAUGCUCUGCCAGGCAUGUAUUGCAGCCAUCUUUAGCUUGUGCUUGUUUUGGGGGUUUUCUCUUCAGCAUAUAAAAGUCGUGCUCAAUUGGGUUCAGAUUAGGCGAUUGACUUGGCCACUGAAGAAUUGACUAUUUUUUUAGCUUUGAAAAAUUCCGCGGCUGCUUUAGCAGUAUGUUUGGGAUCACUGUCUUGUAGAAUGAACCACCGGCCAAUGAGCUUUGAGGCAUUUGUUUGAACUUGAGCAGAUAGAAUGUGUCUAUACACUUCAGACUUCAUUAUGCUACUACCAUCAGCAGUUGGAUCAUCAAUGAAGAUAAGUGAACCAGUACCUUCAGCAGCCAUACAUGCCCAGGCCAUAACACCCCACCACCGUGUUUCACAGAUGAGGUGGUAUGCUUUGGAUGCUUUGAAGUACUUCUAAUAACCCUGGCUCCCACCAAACUGUUACACUUACAGCCAGUUUAAUGAAGGACAUUGUUCGUUCUUUGAGGCUUUUAUGAGACUCAAUUACCACUUAUUUAAAUGUAUGUCUUCAAAACAUUGUGUACAACAAUAUCCCAGAUUGUGUUGCUUUUUGGAAAUGGGACUAUAUCAAUGUUAAACCUUUUCAAAUUGGUUUUGAGUGAGCAAUUUUUCUACUGGAAAGUAAGGUCCCACAUUGAAUAAAUCUUGGACUAAUUCUAAAAUUCCUGGACUGCAACAACCAGGUUCAGGAAUAGCUACUUCCCCACAGCCAUCAGGCUAUUAAACCUGGCUCGGCCAAAACUCUGAACAUUAAUAACCCAUUAUUUGUUAUCUGCACUUUAUCAGUUUAUUUAUUCAUGUGUUUUGUAGUCAAUGCCUAUUAUGCUCUGUGUGCAGUAGCAACGCAAGAAUUUCAUUGUCCUAUCAGGGACACAUGACAAUAAACUUGAACCUGAACUUGAAAUUGGAACUCGAUCCUGUGAGAUGGAGAAUCUUUCCUGGCUUAUGAGAACUGUACUCUGGGUGGGAGAUCGCAACCUUCAUGUGGUCGCCCCGUUUUGACGAAUGCAAUCAACCUGGCGUGCACAAUCAAGUAAGAUCAAAUAGAACAAUUUGUCCUACAACUUUAGGCUGUGCACGCCUUACGCAAGAAGAAGAACUACUCCUAGCUCAUAACCUUGCCCAUGCCCGUCACAUGUAAUAAUUUGAACUUUGCCAUGUUCCUAUAUCCUAUAGCCUUUGAAUCACAAAUUAUCAUGAACUAUCACCUUAUUUAACCCUGGCCACUGAGCUGAUGGGUGUUAGUGUGACCACCUUGUGUAAGGCAAUGAUGAAAUCAUAGACCACAUCCAAUACACUAUUAAUCUCUAACAUUGAAGUCAGUCAGCUGUAACCUUCCUUACAAAUUCCCACAGUCCAUGCCUUUCCAAAUGAGAUUUUCACCAUCUUGGCAUUCCUACUUGCCACAAAGUUAUAGCAGCUGAUUUUUAUUCUUUCCCCAGUAUAAAUCGUUUGCAUUAUACUAAAGCUGAGCUG